AUGCUGUCCAUUUCAGUUCUUCUCCAACGCAACCGUUAUUUCCUGCUUCCCCUUAACCUGCUUUUCUGCGCUGCGUUGGUCCCCAGGAUUGUGGCCUCUCCAGUGCCAAAUUCCAAUCCUCUGUACCAGUUUGAUGGGCAAGUCCGGCUUCGCCAUCUCUAUACAGCCAAUGGACGGAUCCACCUCCACCUGGAGAUCUUCUCAGAUGGCACAGUGCGUGGCUCCAAAUACCAGAGCCCCUUCAGUUUGAUGGAAAUCAAAGCAGUGAAAUUGGGAAUUGUUCGUAUCAUGGCCAAGAAAACCUCUAGAUUUCUUUGCAUGGAUUCUGAAGGACAUCUAUAUGGCUCACUGUUGUACUUGGAAGAGGCCUGUAAUUUCCACGAGAUAGUUCUUCAAGAUGGUUAUAACGUGUACUAUUCAGAGGCCUACAAUCUUCCCGUCAGCCUCAGCAUGAUGGAGAAUUUGGCCCACAGCCGUCAGCUGCCCCCUUUCUCCCAGUUUUUACCUUUAGAUAACAAGAUUCCCCUUGACCGAAUGCUUGUGGACAACGAAUACGUUCAACAGGUGCCUGACAUUGAGUCGCCUGAUCCCUUCAACAUAAUGGAUCAAAAUCAGGGCUUGAGAAGCCUAAGUUUUGCCUUCAGAUAG